AUGAGUGGUGAUCCUAUUCGAUUUAAUGAAAUAAAGACAAACCAAUUUUCUUCUGCUGUGGAAAAAAAAAUGCUCCAAAAAAUGAAAUCAUCUUCAUCUCUGAUGCGCUUGUUAGCAUUAAUGGCAUUUGGAAUGUGGGAUGAAAUUAUCAAUUUGUGGAAUAUAGGAGAGUGGGAUCAGCUGUUCACUUUGUUACUCUCUCGAGCUCCUUCUUCCAAAAUUCGCCGUCUCUGUUCCAAUUUGACCCAACGAUUGAUUGACGAAGGCGUAAUACUCAACACUGCUUUGCCGGCAAUUGUUGCAGACGAUGUUGAGGCUGUAGUUGUUGCGAUGGAAAUGUAUGAAAAUAAUGAUUGUAUGGCACUUACGACAAUCCUCAGACAAUGUGUUGGAGGUGGUAGCUCUAGAACUGUUAAAAUGGGUAAAGAGUAUAAAAGUGUUUUGUUGCAUUUCAUCAAGAAAUUGGAGAAGGAAAGACAGUUCCGUCUAGCUUUGGAUUUCUUGCAAAUGAUAUCAAAAGAUGACUACACGGAAGAUAUGCACUUAUUAUGUAGUAGUUUGCAUCGCGCUGACCGCUAUUCUGGGACUGAAGUUCAGCCUGGCGAAAACUUUAUGGCAGAAACUGAGGCAGUUAGUACUCAAAAUGCCCCCUUCGUCAUUCGUAUUGUAAGCUCUCAAGAAGCAAAUGGAUUAUGGGAUAAUUCAAAGAAAAACAAAUCAACUUCAACUUUUCCUUGUGUUACAUCAAAAAAAUCAGUAAUUUUGCAUUUUUGA